UCUCUUUCCCUGUUCUUUUCAAAAAUCAUCUUUUGUAGCUCCAGUGUGCGCGUGGGUGUACAAGGUCGUACCAGACAGAAAGAGUGUGGGUUUCAAUUAAAAGAUCAUUGAGUCAGUGGAAAGAUGGAAAGGAGGAGGGAGAGAAAGAAGGAGAGAGGAGGGAGGACACUGACGACAGACCUAGUGGAUCAUUCUCAACCAACACAGUCAACAGCUGCCCUGUUAAAAGAUGCCCCUCCUGAAGGAAGGCAGGAAAAGAGCAGAGGACAUCUCAGCUGUGUACGAGCUGAAAGAGAAGCUGGGAGAGGGAUCUUUCUCUGAGGUGAGGGUUGGUCAGCAUCGACGCACCCACAGACGUGUAGCAGUCAAAUGCAUCCGCAAGAGGGCGCUCAAGGGCAAGGAAGCCAUGCUGGAGAACGAGAUCACCGUGCUGCGCAGAAUCAACCACGCCAACAUAGUGUCCCUGGAAGAGACCUUUGAGACAUCUACAAAGCUCUACCUUGUCAUGACUCUAGUGACAGGGGGGGAACUACUGGAUCGCAUCCUGGAAAGAGGCAGCUACACAGAGAAGGAUGCCAGCCGGGUCAUCCAGCAGGUGCUACAGGCGGUUCAAUACCUGCACCAGCUGGGCAUCGUUCACAGAGACCUCAAGCCUGAGAAUCUGCUGUUUGAGACUCCCGCAGCAGACUCCAAGAUUGUCAUCAGUGACUUCGGCCUGUCCAAGAUGGAGGACCAGGGAGUGCUGUCUACCGCUUGUGGGACCCCCGCUUACGUGGCCCCUGAGUUACUGCAGCAGAAGUCCUAUGGUAAAGAGGUGGAUCUAUGGGCCUUGGGAGUCAUCACCUACAUACUGUUGUGUGGGUACCCUCCCUUCUAUGAUGAGAACGACUCCCACCUCUACCGACAGAUCAUCAAGGCUGAGUACGAGUUUGACUCUCCUUACUGGGACCAGAUCUCCAUCUCAGCAAAAGACUUCAUCCCCCACUUGCUGCAGAAGGAGCCUGAGAGGAGAUACAACUGUGAGAGGGCCUUGAGGCAUCCUUGGAUCUCAGGUGGAGCAGCCCUGGAGAAGAACAUUCACGAGUCUGUCAGCGAGCAGAUCCAGAAAAACUUUGCCAAGAGCCAAUGGAAGAGAGCCUUUAAUGCCACAAUGGUGGUGCGUCACCUCAGCAAGAAGACCCAGGCAGCAGGAGAGGCAGGGGAGACGAGGCAGGCGGGGGGGACGAGGCAGGCGGGGGAGGAAGGGACAAAGUCCAAGGAUGCACAGCAAGCUCUGUAA